CAAAAAAAAAUUAAAAAAAAAAAACAAAAAAAAAAUUAAAAAAAAUAAAAUCAUCAAAAAUAAUGUAUUUGCAUGAUACCAAAGUUGUGAAUGCAUUAGCAAUAAUAAUCUAUGUAAUUCUUAUUUCUAAUGUAAACAUAGGUGAAGGACAUAGUUCUCAUCAUGAACAUCAAGGUACCAUCCGUAAGAACGUCAUAGACGCGCCUCUCCUAACGGGGAAAAUUGGUGGUAAUCGUACGAUUGUGGUUGAUGUUAAUGGCAAUGGAGAUUAUAAAAGUGUUCAAGCAGCAAUUGAUGCAGUUCCUGUAGGGAAUUCUAAUUGGGUCACCAUCCAUCUUAGAAAAGGAAUUUACAGGGAGAAAGUACAUAUACCCCACAAUAAACCAAAGAUAUUCUUGAGAGGAAAUGGUAAAGGUAGGACCUAUAUUGUUUGGUCUCAAAGCUCUACUGAUAACAUUGAGUCUGCAACAUUCAAGGUUGAAGCCUCAAAUUUUGUCGCAUUUGGAAUAAGUUUUAAGAAUGAUGCUCCAACAGGAGAAGCAUACACCUCACAAAAUCAAUCAGUGGCAGCAUAUGUAGCAUCAGACAUGGCUGCAUUCUAUCACUGUGGAUUUUUUAGCACACAUAACACGCUCUUUGAUCAAAAGGGUAGGCAUUACUACCAAGGUUGUUACAUCCAAGGUUCCAUCGACUUUAUCUUUGGUCGUGCCAGAUCCCUUUUCCAUGAGUGUGAGAUCUUCGUGUUGGUUGACCGGAGGAUAAAGAUCCAUGGUUCAAUUACAGCACAAAACAGGGAGAGUGCAGAUGAACCAAGUGGAUAUGUCUUCAAUAAAACAAAGGUUUAUGGUACAGGACAAAUUUAUCUUGGUAGAGCUAAAGGUGCUUAUUCAAGGGUGCUCUUUGCAAAUACUUACAUGUCUGGAACUGUUACAUCUCAAGGAUGGACUAAUUGGAGUUAUGAUGGAUCCACCGACAACUUAUUUCAUGCGGAGUAUGCAUGCCAUGGACCUGGAUCAAGCACAGGGGAUCGAGCUUCGUGGAGUAUGCGUCUAAGCGACGAAGAGGCAGCUCCUCUUCUCACCAUAAACUUCAUUGAUGGCAAGCAAUGGUUACCAGCAUGGAUGGAUUAAUGUGUUUUUUCAUUCAU